UCAUGUCGUUUUCUUUGGUGUUGGAGCCGGCGGCGGGAGGCUGGAUUUUCCGUCGGGUACGGACCGGGCAUCGAACCCUCAGCGUCGGCUCAGUGAGGAGCACCUACCCCCUUGAGCCAGAAGGUCCAGCAUUACCCGUGGGGAAGGUUUUGCCAUGGAUAUCGUCCUACAUUAUGCAGACUACUAUGUUUUCACACCACAUGUGUACCCCACCUCCUGGCCAGAGAACGGCACUUUACGCCAGCUAAUUAGCCUCCUAGUUGUAACCAAUCUGGGAGCCGCAGCUAUAUAUUUCUGCUUUGGAACAUUGAGCUAUUAUCUUAUUUUUGAUCAUGCAUUGAAGAAACACCCACAAUAUUUGCCGAAUCAAGUGCAACGGGAAAUAAAGUAUGCCAUGCAGUCACUUCCAUGGAUAAGUAUUCCAACGGUUGGACUGUUCUUUGCAGAAAUUCGCGGCUACAGCAAAUUGUAUGAUAACAUCGAGGAUUCUCCUUAUGGUUGGUUUGGAGUGCUGCUCAGCAUGAUCUCCUUCCUCUUCUUCACAGACAUGUGUAUCUACUGGAUCCAUCGGAUUCUUCAUCACCGGCUCCUCUAUAAACACUUACACAAGCCUCACCAUACUUGGAAGGUUCCAACCCCAUUUGCAAGUCAUGCUUUUCACCCAGUGGACGGCUUCCUACAGAGCAUCCCAUAUCACAUCUAUCCAUUCCUCUUCCCACUGCACAAGGUGGUCUACUUGGGUCUCUACAUCUUUGUCAACAUUUGGACAGUGUCCAUUCACGACGGGGACUACAGAGUGCCCAGAGUUCUUGAGGGUGUCAUUAAUGGCUCAGCUCAUCACACGGAUCACCAUCUGUACUUUGACUAUAACUAUGGGCAGUACUUCACAUUGUGGGACCGAAUUGGAGGUUCCUACAAGUACCCCUCAGCCUUGGAAGGCAAAGGACCACAGGACUACCUGAGGAACCUGAAGGCCAAGGGAAAGCUUCUUGAUGGGACCUCCACCAAUGGUCACUCGUCCGAAAAGAAAAUCCAGAAAGAAGAAUGAGCAGCUUUCUUUCCCCACUGUUGCCCAUGCUUAUUUUUGCCCAGAGCAAUUCUGACACGAAAUAUACCUAAUGAUCUGCUAUUUUCUGCAUUAUUGCAAGUGAGAUCAAUUUGAAACAAGCAGAAUAAACUUGUAGCUUUGUGUUAGAUGUGGUGUGAAACUCACUUCCGUAUCUCUUUGCAGAUUGGAUGUAGUUUUCUGGAAAACCUGCAGCUGGCUACAUAUUAAAUGUAGGACAGAAUAUCUGGAAGUCUUGUGUAUCACGGCCUCAAUGUACUACUGAAGCAAUUUAGUAUCACUAUGCAUGUCGUAAUUAGGGUACAGGUGAUUCUGGUUGUCUAAUUUUAUGAAAGAUAUUAUAACGAUGGUUGCUAAAGGAUCUGGAUUAUUAUGAAUCUGAUUACAAGCAUUUAAACAAAAACUCUGUGCCAUGUAUUUUUAGAUGUUUUAGAAAUAUACUGUGGCUUUUCAGUGAUGAAUAGCAUUGAAAUGAAAUGUUAAUUAUUGGGGCUUAAACCAUCUUGCUUUUGUUCCAUUUUAUGUUUAGUUUGCAUGAUUUUUCUGUUCUUGUGAUGGAUUAUAUAGUAAAAUGCUCUGCUACUUGUAAGAUUAAUUAUACUUUAAUCUUAAUUUUUUGACUGCACAUCCCAAGCUGUCUUGGUAUUACAAAUGUGUUGUACUACAUUGCUUUCAGCAAUGAAACCUGGGUUCAAAUCCAUUGCAGAAUGAUCUCCGUUACGAGUUUUGCAAAUGCUAUAGAAUCUCAGCAUUGUACAGUAAAGGGCCCUUUAGCCCACUGUGUUCAUGUUGACCUUGUGUUUUUGGGGAAAUCUUAACAGAGUUCUGAAUGAGUAUUAAAAUGGUUUUCUUCA